CCCUUGGAGCUAGAACUGUGGUACAUAUGGGAUGAAAUGAAUUGAGAGUACUAUCUUAUAGUACAUAUGAACUUGGAAGUUGGAGUUGAAGAAAUCAGUAAACUCAGAAUGUCAGAAUACGACGAAAAUACCAGAAACAGAGACUCGUCAGAACAGGAAUGUCCAAAGAGUACAGACAAAGACUCUGUUUCUCUUGACACAGAUGAAACUGUCCAAGAAAGUAACAUUUCUUCUUCCCCAGGUGACACCAGAAGCCAGGAAGUCAGCAAGUGCCAAUCAACUUUUGUUGAUAAAGAUAUCGCCAUGGAAACAGAGGAAAGAGAAAUAGUCCCUCCCCAUCCAGACAUAGAGGGAGCUACUGAUGUAGAAAGAAAAGAUGUUCACAGCGUGGCAAGUCAACCAUCGGUUACCACAGAGUGGGAACAUCCAAAUGAUGUAGAAGAAACAGAUCACACAACUGUCACCAAAGAAAUGACAGAGACAAAAACAGAUUUGAGUUUAGAAACAAGAAGUAAAACACAGCCAGACUUAUCCACAGAUACUAUGGAGAUUGACAAUAUGGAAACAAACAAUGUGGAUGUUGUUCAAGCUCAUCCUGUAACAAGGCAAGAUGUUAUAGAUACAAAAGAAGCUGUAGAAUUGCAGCAAGAGGAACCCUACAAAGAAGAAACUCCUGGAGGUGAAGAAAAUGUUCAGGAAUCAUCAGAAAGUGAGAGCACUUCAUCUGAAGAAAGUGAAUCAUCGUCAGACAGCAGUGAUUCAGAAGAUGAAGAGGAGGAGGAGGUGAAAAAUGACAAAGUCAAACAGGACCAGCCCUCACAGGCCAAGGAGGAAGUCGUAACUCAGGUGACACCGGAUGUUCCUAUUGAGGAGUUCCCAGAUAUCAUCCUCCCAGAAGAUGUACAGGUGAAGGCCAUCGGGAAGAUAAGCAGCAUCAUUGGACAGCUGGUUGUGGUGCAGGCCUAUCCCAACACACCGGCACUGGAUGCAGAGACACUGCUAUUUAACACAGACAGGCAGUCCAUUGGGGUGGUGAAUGACACGUUUGGGCCUGUUAUCCAGCCAUGCUACUCCAUACAGUUCAGCUCUGCAAAGAAGAUAGAGGCAGUAGGGUUAAACCUACAACAUGAAAUAUUCUUUGCUCCAGAGGUGCAAGACUUCACAGUGUAUGUCUUCACACAGAAUCUCAUCAAGCAGAAAGGAUCAGAUGCUUCUUGGAAGAAUGACCAGGAACCACCACCUGAGUUUUUGGACUACAGUGAUGAUGAACAAGAAAAAAUGGCCAAGAAAAGCCUGAAGGAGGCCAAGGGAAAGAAACCCAAACCAAGAAAGGCAUUUAAAAGAGAUCCAGAGUUUCCCAGAACUGACAGUGGUUAUCCCCCAAGUCAACAUUAUCAAGGCCCAGGACCAAGUGGUUGGAGGGGCGGGUGGCACGGUUCCCAUAGCAGUCAGGAACAGUGGUCCCGACGGCCCCAGCAUGACUACAAUGUCCCACAGUACCCCCCACCCUUUGAUCCACCCCAAUUCCCAGGCCCACCUCCAGGCCCCCCUCCCCCAUUUCUUCCUCCAACUUUUGGUUGGAAUCAGCAGCCCCAUGCUAUGAAUGUGAGGCCUCUGAAUUACGGACCUCCUCCUCCCGCACACCAUGUGAAUCCUCCGCCUCCGAACAUGAGGCUACCUUUCCCCCCACCACCACCUCCACCACCACCACACAUGAGGGAUGGACAGGGGGGAGGGGGGCGACCUUCAUUUCACCCUCACCACUACUCAGGUCCCCCACCCCAAGAGAUGUUCCCGCCAAUGCAGUUUCCUUUCCCACCCCCUCCACCACCUCCUCCUCCUCCUCCUUCAAAUUAAUAACAGCCAAAGCAACCUAAUUUGUUAUCUCACAAGAAAAAUUAAUUAGGUUCUAAAGAGUAUAUUUUUUCUGACAGCUACAUCCAGUGUCAAGAUGCCCAACACACUGGGUAUAUUUGAUUUCCAGGGUGAUUGGUAAUAAUUUCAUCUAAUCAUUUAAUUUAGAAGAAAAUGCCCCCCACCCCUUACCAACACCAUUUCUUAGUUUCAUUAAUCAACCUCAGCCAGUGUCAGCAUUCUUACAUUUUGAGUACAGAAACUAUGAUGGUUGAAA